CUCUUCCCCUCAAUGCAUAUAUCUUGCUAAGCUUAUUUUACGUUUUUGUCUUAAGCUUUACCAGCUGCAGCGGAGUUUAGUGUUCGUCAUGAAGCCAACUGCUUGAAACACAUAUACUCAAUAUGAAUGGUAGAGAUGAAUGCUACAAUGAACUUCCAAUUAACAGUGUAAUGUAAUUAAGGAAUUUCUGAGUUAAGCAUUUCACACUUGAGCCAACAUUUAUCAUCGAAGAAGAAAUGGUUUCAUGUGGGCCGGUUCUCAACACCAUCAAAGAAAAUAACGGUCUUUUUUUUUGUCAACUGAAAAGAACACAUUAAGAAUUCACAUGAUGGUUUACGUUGACAUAUCUCAUGUAAAUAAUAAGUGGUUAUACAUCGCAAUCGACUAGAUGAAAGAGUAUUCGGUAUUGCACAAGAGAAUCAAACCUGUAUAGUCCAACGACACAAGAAACGUUUUUCUCGUUUGGGAUUGAAAGUUUUAUGUGAUGAGAACUUACUUUUGAAUUUGUGAUCUUUAUGUCGUACUAGAAACCAAAAUAUGCUUCUUGGUGCCUUAUUUUAGCCCUUACAUUUUCAAUAUAUUAUAUCCUCUAUUGUAUUCAACAAUCUUUUUUUCCACUGGCCUGUUAUAAUCUUCAUACAAUAGCAUAAUCCAAAAUUUCCAUAUCAAUACAAUCUUUGUUCUUGAAAGACAACCCAAUGGAGACCACAAGAAGGAUGUUGUUUUACCACUUCUAAUUUCAAGUCUGUGGAACGAUUUAGCUAAAUCCCAAUAUUGUAGGAUAUUCCUCCACAUUUAAAGCCAGACUUUGUUUUCUAACAUACAGACCAAAACACGUUUGUGCGCUGUACAUCAAUACACAAUAACAUCUGUGGGCGUGUGUCCGUCAGUACACAAAGACAUUCGUGGACUAUCCGUGAAGAUUGGAAAUUUAUUUCCCUAAACUAUCUAUAAAGACUGAAUUAAAAAGAAUCCGCCAAAUACACGUUAAACAGAAACAUUAUCUACAUCUCUUAACAAAUUUAGUUCCAGUCCAUUCUUUUUUGGCUUACUGAAUCUUUUUCAUGCUACUUUGUUUUUUUUUUCAGUCUGGUGUUGACCAAAGAAAAACAAAAUUAAUUUUUCUCGACCUCUUUCAUACAAACUCUUAAACACACAGACACUUGGCGUAUAAAUAAGUCUUUUUUUUUUUUUUGUAACACAAAAAACUGUUAACAGUUUAAAAUAAGUCUUUCCACAAAAGACUGGUGUAUAUAAGCUGAAACGCUUCAAUCGGUUGCUGCGUUUUAAAUCAUAUUUGUAUUUUGAAAACUUAAACAGUACGAGCCGCACGUGACACAGUGUUCUCACACACUGGGUGGUCAAAGUGUCAGAGUUUCUUUUAUGAGUGGACUCGUGACCUUACCCAACCUCUGAGUAACAAUGCCCCUAACCUUUUAGCUAUUUUUAGGCCUCAACAGACCCUACUCACUACUCACUGACACUGAAUCAAACAACAGUGACACUUACUAAAAAACAAAAUCCUAACGGGCUUUUCACUGGGCCGACUUUGUAAAGCCCAUUUCAUAGGUUUCAUCUUUACUACGAUCACCUUCUCUCUUUUUUUUUCUUUCUCCCGAUCUCGAAAUGUCGACGGAGAUGACGUGUACGAGGCUGACGAUCCUAACGGUCGUCGGAAUAUUCCUCCAGAUCAUCGGACUCUCGAUUUUCGUCUUCGGUUUCUUCCCCGUCAAGCCGACUCUGUCCGGCGUCAGUGGCUCGGAGAGUUAUCGUCAUCCUCUCUGUGAUCCUGCGCCGAACACGAACGAGUCGGAGAUUCAUCCUGAGAAACUGAGAUUGCUCUACCAGGAAUCGUCUGGCAUCUCUUCUAGAUAUGAUCGAUUGAUUUUGAUGGUUAUAGAUGGUCUUCCUGCGGAGUUUGUGCUGGGGAAGGAUGGUCAACCUCCAUGGAAGGUGUGGAAAGAGUCUAUGCCUUAUACACAGUCACUGCUGGCUAAUGGAGAUGCAAUUGGUUACCAUGCUAAAGCUGCUCCUCCAACUGUUACAAUGCCGAGGUUGAAGGCAAUGGUUUCUGGAGCGAUUGGUGGUUUUUUGGAUGUGGCUUUCAAUUUUAACACGCAAGCCCUCUUAGAUGACAACCUUCUUGGUCAGUUUCUUAGGAUUGGUUGGAAAAUGGUGAUGCUUGGAGAUGAGACAUGGAUCAAGUUAUUCCCGGGGCUGUUCAUGAGACAUGAUGGUGUUAGCAGUUUCUUUGUAAAAGAUACAGUACAGGUAGACAAAAAUGUGUCCCGACACUUGCCAAAUGAGCUUAACAAGGAUGACUGGAAUCUCUUGAUCCUUCAUUACCUUGGCUUGGAUCAUGUUGGACAUACUGGCGGCCGUAACAGCCCCUUGAUGGCUUCAAAACUUAAAGAAAUGGAUGAUGUAGUUAGAACAAUGCAUUCAAGAGCCAUGGUGGAUCGUAGCCAUGACCAAGGGCGGACCCUUUUGAUAGUAGUCAGUGAUCAUGGCAUGACUGAGAACGGAAAUCAUGGAGGAUCUUCAUAUGAAGAAACUGACUCCUUAAUGCUCUUUAUUGGCUUGAGUAGCAAUAUUUCUGAUUAUGCUGGCGCUACCAAUAAUUUAGCUUUCCAGGUAGAUUUGACGCCAACUUUAGCUCUUCUAUUUGGUGUGCCGAUCCCAAAGAACAAUGUUGGAGUCCUUGUCCCAGGAACACUUGAUUCUUUAAGAGAUUUUGAGCAACUACGGGCACUAGAACUGAAUUCAUGGCAGUUAUUCAGGCUAAUGCAAGCACAGUUACCAAAUUCCUUGUUUGAAGGCUUCUCCUGCAAUUGCUUCCUUGAAAGAACUUGUGAUGGGUUUGGUUCGGAUAUUAGUGAGUGCUCUGGGGAUAAAGAGAAACAACUUAUUUGCUUAUUUAGGAACGCUGCUGUCCUCCAUGGCAUUUGGAAGUCCAAGAAGUUAACAGAGUCUAGUUCCGCCGAAGACUUCAGCAGAGCUUUGGAUGCCUAUAACGCCUUUUUGAAAACUGCAAGUGAGUGGUUAGCAAGCAAAACCACUGAAAAACCAGUUUUCUUACUGGGUCUUGGAGUGAGUGCCAUGCUUAUUUCCUGCGUUGUUUGUGCCACUCUCUUUCUGUCCUUAUUCAAAGAGGUUUACAAUGAGCCGAAGGAUCAAGUCUGUCGUUUGAAUUAUCUGUUGAAUUUGGAAGAGGUGUUCAUUUUGGCAGUUCUUUUGAUCCUCGUUAUAAGUAUGGGAUCUAGUUCAAUGGUGGAAGAAGAGCACUAUAUAUGGCAUUUCAUGGUAUCCACAUUCUAUCUUCUGUUACUUUUCAAGACAAUAAAGUCAUUCAGUUUCUCCAAAGGGCUGGACUCACUUGGAGAAUAUAAAAUCGGUUCAAUCUUCCUGCUUCUUAUUUCUGGUAGACUACUGAGAGGUUGGCAUCAAGGGGGCGUGAACUGGACUUACUUUCCUGAUAUUUCUAAGUGGCUAGAGCAAGCUGGCGGUACUUUUGUCAAAUGGAUGCAGCUAAUCUCGACCUUUCUUGUUAUUGGUCUAGGAUUAUUCACUCUCUUUCGAACAGGGUCGAAGAGAAAAAGUGUCCGCAUCCAAGCUUUUGGUUUCUCAAUUUGUGGGUUCCUAAUUCUGCUGCAUGCCUGGAGAUACCAGGGUGAUAUGUUUGGAACCGAUAAUGGAGCCACCGUAACAGCAAAAGUUAUCUAUCUUCUUCUUUCUAUAUCUACGGUUGGAGGAGCUCUAGUUUUACCAUGGUCUAUGCUAAACAAAGACGAGUCCUUUCUAGCUAUAGCAGGUGACUGCUUGUAUAUGAUUGGCUCUGCAUACGUACUUUGCUGGUGUCUUCUACAGCUGCUUCUACAACAACCGAUCAACUCAGGACCCAUACUUUUGCUGCUCAUCCAAAUUUUAGUAGUUUCAUUUCUUUCGUCUAAAGAUGUGCAGGUCAACGAAUGGGUCGAGAUUGCUGCACUCUAUUACAUGGGAAUGGCAGGUCACUUUGCUCUUGGAAACAGCAAUACUUUAGCAACCAUCGAUGUUGCUGGUGCUUUUAUUGGAAUCUCUAGUCAUUCUACAAUACUUUCUGGAAUCUUGAUGUUCAUGAUAACCUAUGCAUCUCCCCUGUUGUUCCUUUUAUCCUUGGUGAUGUACAUUGGUGGAAAGCUAAGAAAACACUCACACUUGGCUCACUCCGACACGGAUCUAGGACAACUCUUGAAGCUAAAGCUUGGGUUCCCUUGUCUCGUACCACUCUGCAUAAAUUCAAUACUCUUGACGGCAUAUACUGUGGUCCUGCUACUCAUGAGGAAUCACCUUUUUGUGUGGAGCGUCUUCUCUCCCAAGUAUCUGUACGUGUGUGCAACCACUGUUUGCACAUACGUUGGAGUUUGUAUCGUAGCUGUUACAGUCGCCUACGCUCUCUCCGUCACUACCUUCCUUAGAAGCAAAACACAACAACUGGUGGUAGACUCGUAGUUUAAUUAUGAUUUAAUUUUAGAGGUGAUCUAUCGAAUUUACAGUUAUUAGUUUACAAUUUUGCUACUGCUAGUUUACAGUUAUGUUUAACUUUUGAGAGUAUGUGUAAUGUCUAAAUUAAUUAAAGUUGGAUAUAUGGUUUUGACUUUUUAAAUGAACAGAUUGUAAUAAUCUUACUAGAUUAUGAAACAAAAUAUCAGAAAAAAAAAA